AUGAGAUUGGAGUUGUACACCGCCGGCGUUUCUCAAGCGAGUUUCUUGGAUUGGAGGGCAGGACUCUCGGAAGACGAACAAGCAGCGGGGCUGGAGGUGGCACACUCCCCAAUCCAAGAGACACCGGAGGUUCUUCGAGAAAGGCUGCCUGUCGUUUUGGAUGAACUUUGUUCAAUUCCUGAGCAGCGGGUCCAAUUUCAUUCUGCGGAUGCAGAACAGUUGUGCACCUUCGCUUAUACAAAUUACCAAUCCCGUAUGGAUAGAGACUGGAACGCCUCCCUCUAUUUCCCUGCAAAGGCGGCAAUUUUCCUUCCCUUCAAUGAAAAAUUGCUUUCAAGACGAGUUGCACACCUCUACUAUCAGGAGGGAACAUCGGACAAGAUUUAUCAUCUUUAUCUUGCCCAAUCGUUGACGGACGAUCGUUACUCUGUCAUCAGCCGCUAUGGUCGUCGUGACGGAGGCAUUCAACAAGCAAAGAAGGUGUUUGAUUCCCACCUUGAGGCAGCUGAGAAAGAGUGGAACCGACUCCACCACGACAAACUCCAGAAGGGGUAUCAGGUCGGACACCCAACCCCACCCCAACAACUCACAUUGGCAUUGUCUUUCUAA